CACAUUUUGUAGUCACACCGCCAUCGACACGUCGCGCAUCAUGGCGCUCGCGAAAAUCGAAAUAAAAUAUACACGGAAUUCGAAAUUUUUAGUGAUAUUAAUAUGGAACGAAUAAUGCAUUGAAAUUGAGUGAUCAAUCGAAUAUUCGAUAUAGUCUGAAGACCAGUCCUGUCAAACGACAAUGGUUAAGGAACUGGUGGGACGUUACGGGAAAUUGGCGCCGAGCUACAAGAGUCUGCGAUCUAAAGCUAUCAGCGAUGGCGAGCUUUUCCAGGACCCGACUUUUCCAGCAGACAACACCUCACUUUUUUUAAAGCCACAAGACCCGUCACAUCCGCAGAAUAUCGUAUGGAAGAGACCUAAGGAGCUGACCAAGGACCCACGUCUGUACAUUGACGGAGCGGUGGCUUGCGAUGUGUGCCAUGACAAUGUUGCCAACGCAUGGUUCGUCGCUGCAUGUACUGCGCUAGCUAGUGAGAAAACUCUUUGGGCUAAGGUUGUUCCCAAACACCUUGACCAGGAGUGGAACAAAAAUACGGCAGGUAUCUUCCGUUUCUGUCUCUGGUUAUCUGGAGCUUGGGUGGACAUCAUCAUUGAUGACAGGCUUCCCACCGUCGAUGGAAAAUUGCUUCACAGCUACUCACGAUCUAAGAAUGAGUUCUGGGGUCCACUUCUGGAAAAGGCUUAUGCAAAAUACUUUGGGUGCUACGAGCUCCUAGAGUUGGGCACCCUCUCUGACUCCCUGGUGGACUUGACGGGCGGCCUCUCAGAAACGACAGAGCUUUGGGGCUACCCUAAGGACGGACACGAGGAGCUUUACCAGAGGAUUAAGGGAGCACUAGAUGCACACUCUUUGCUCUGUUGCGCCAUUUCUGUGGAGAAAUUAGAAGAAAUGGGUGAACGGACAGCCCAGGGUCUGGUGAAGGGUCACACGUACGUCAUCAUAGGUGCGGCCAUCAUCCCGACACCCAAUAAGCUGUCCCUGCUACGUCUGAGGAGCCCCUGGUCAGGACCCAGCUGGAGCGGUCCCUAUGGCCGAGGGGGCACGUGGUGUUACAGCGAGUCCAAACUGACACAAAUAUUUUCCAGUUCGACCGAAUGGUCCAGACUGUCGUCCACGGAUCGCGACCGUCUAGGCCUUACGUGCCAGGAAGACGCAGAAUUUUGGAUACCCUUUGAAGAUUUUGUGCAAAGUUUUACGGACUUGUGCAUAUGCCACGUGGUGAGGAGUGGUUGGUUUGCCCUGGGGAAGGUGUGGAAUGAAGCCUCCUUCCAGGGGGAGUGGACAGUAGGAGAUAAGGGGACAGCAAAGGAUCGCUCAGGGGGAUGCAUCAACAACCGUGACACAUUUCUGCAAAACCCACAGUACCGCUUUGAUAUAGCAGAAGAGGACAGUACUAUCAUGUUGUACCUCCAGCAGUGUGUCACGGACAGUGUGGCACCAACCACGCCUCUCCUAGUCAUCGGUUUCCACGUCAUGCAGGUGGAAAUGAAUCGUGCCUUCAGGGUCCACAGCAUCCAGAGACGCGCUUGCAGCUCAGAAUAUGUCCGCGCUCGCGGAGUGUUUCUGCGUUGGACAUUCAAGAGGGGACGCUACGUCAUCGUGCCCACAACGUAUGAUCCGGGAAGUUCCGGAAAAUUUAUCCUGCGUGUCUUGACGGAGAAAGACGCCGAUGCAAAGGAACUGCAGAAGGACCUGCCAACAGCAAAGAUGUUGCCAUGCAACAGCGCGCCGUGUCUGGUCACUGUCAUUAAGGUGGUUGGUGCAAAAGGCCUAGAGAAGCAAGACUCGCUCGGCAUGGCAGACCCUUACUGCGUAAUAAUAUGCGAGGGCCAAUCAGUGAGAUCUUCUGUCUGCAUGGAGACACUGGAUCCUGUCUGGAACACGACGGCCAUCUUCUACCGUAAAGACGUGGAUGCCCCGAUCAAGAUACAGAUCUGGAACAGCAAUAUCCUGAUGGAUUCAUACAUGGCCAAGGCCCAUAUACAGGCCCCACUGAUGCUCGAGAAACAGAUACUGGAAGUGGAACUGACUGGACACAAGAAGCGACAGUCAUUGACAGGAGAGGCUCCGGUGCUUGGCACGGUCUGUGUGGAGCUCUUCACCACAGACGACAUGCUCUCUGUUUAGUUCACACCCUUUUAUAAAGCUUAAUUUGUUCCAAUAUGAGAUGUCUCAUGUUGGAUGUCAUUUAGAUAACCACGAGGCCAUAAACAAAAGCAGCGAUAUGCACACUUCUUUUCGCUGCAAAAUUCGACUUUCCUGCGCGCAAUUUAGCAGUCAGCUAAAAAAUUUAACAAACUGGAAAGAAAUGCAUAUACUGAAGCGGAGGCUAGAGUGUUUACAAGUAUAUUGGAAGGAAAGAUCAGGUAUUAUGGAUAUCAAAAGCACUAUGGUCCUAUGUACCAGCAGAUUGAUGGUGUAUUGCAAACGUUGGAGUUGAAAAAAUGAAGCAGACUGUGCAGGAACAGAUGGAAAACAGACUAAUCCAGCAAGUAGCACCAUGAUCAUAAUUGGCCUUAGAAACUUGCAGCCUUCACUUGGCCUUUCGUUACAACCAUAAUGUUAAUGCUUUAAGUUGUGCUAGCUGACUAGGCUGUUAUUUUGAAUGGCCAUUUUGUGAUACUCAAGAUGGAACUUUUAUUGCUAAAUAUGGCGAGGAACAAGAAUGAUAGAUCUGCAAGAAGAAACAAAAGUAGUGUUCACCAAAGAUCCGUCCACCCACAACGUGCCAUUUUACAAAUAUACAAUCUCAUUUACAACGUCUUUUAGUGCCGAGUACCAAAGUCAUUUGUUUUUUAAUGAAGAGCAUGGACACGCUUGUGAGUGGCGUUAUUUUACAAACGCACAAGUGUUGGCAGAUUACUGCUUAGGUUUUACGCUAUUGUAAGCAAACGAUAGAGACUGUGUGCUUUGAGGUUAGUCGUGUGUAGAGACGAGAAAAAUUUUAUUUUUCUGCUUUUCUAUGUACACGUACAUGAGUGACAAAAUAAAGUUUGACUGUUUAGA